AUGGUAAAGGGAAGUUUUGGAUACUUGGAUCCAGAGUAUUUUAGAAGACAACAACUAACAGAAAAGUCUAAUGUCUACUCUUUUAGGGUUGUACUAUUUGAAGAAAUGUUUGGAAGGUUAGCUCUAAAUGCUAGUCUUCCAAAGAAACAAGUCAGUCUAGUAGAGUACUGCCUUCAGUUGCAAAGUGAUCCUGAUGAACCAAAAAUGGUGGCAGAACAGAAAUCUAAUGAUGCUUAUGCUAUGCAUACAAAAUCAUUAACGGUUGCCGAAAAUGGUAAGGAGUCAGAGGAGCACACAACGUCGAAACUUCUUACGGAAUGGUACUAA